AUGCGCGCCAUCGGCGAGUUCGAGCUCGCGGAGAUGGUCCAGGGGAGGAUUGUGGAUUUGACGAUCCAGACCUUCGGCGCCGGGUCCAUCGACCACGCGCGGGCCAUGGAGGGCCUCGCCAUGGUGCUCUACGCCCAGGAGAAGUACAAGGAGGCCGAGCCCAUCUUCCGCGACUCCAUGCGGCUCAAGGAGGAGCGGCUCUCGCACAACGACCCGGAGCUCGGCCCGCUGUUGUCCUACAUGUCCCUGUGCCUCGAGCGCCAGGGCAACUUCGAGGACGCCGUGGGACCGAGCCGGCGCGCCCUGGAGAUCCGCGAGGCCCAGCUCGGGCCCGACCACCCGGACGUGGCCAAGCUCCUCAACACGCAAGCGAACCUGCACUACGCGCAGGGCCGCUACGAGCACGCGGACCCGCUCUACCGCCGGGCGCUCCACAUCACGGAGCGGCGCAUGGGCGAGAAGCACCCGGACGUGGCGACGGCGCUGAACAACCUCGCGAGCCUCCUCUACCAGACGCGGCAGUACGGCGAGGCGAUGGCGCAGUACGAGCGCGCGCUCGGCAUCCGCGAGCGCCAGCUCGGCCCGGAGCACCCGGACGUGGCGACGCUCGUGAACAACAUGGCGGCGCUCCUCGCGGCGCAGAAGAAGUGGGCCGAGGCGAAGCCGUUGUACGAGCGGGCCAUGGACAUCUACGCGAAGCGCCUCGGGUCCGAGCACCCGCUCUUCGCGACCGCGCUGACGAACCUGGCGACCAUGUACCGCCAGAUGAACGACUUCCAGGCCGCCGUGCCCCUCUACCGCCUCGCCCUGCGCCUCAGG